AUGGGAUACACAUUAACCUUUCUAGGCUGUGGUGUUAUGGGCCAAGCCGUUCUAUCCGCUAUCUACAAUGCUCCAAAAGUUACUGAUGCUGCUAUUGCAAAAUUAUAUCCGUCCAAAAUUAUUGCAUGUAACCAUAAUGACGAAACUGCUAUGGGUGUGACUAAACUAAUUGAAAGUUUACCACCAUCCCCAAAUGGUAUCAUUGUUGAAUCCACAUUCGGUGAAAAUGAUAGAGCUGUGAAGGAAGCAGACAUUGUCUUCUUAGGAACUAAACCAUUUAUAGUCGAGGAAACCAUGCGUAAAGUCAAGGAACAUAUGGGUGAAAAGCUGCUUAUUUCGAUCUGUGCUGGCUGGACUAUUGAGCAAUUAACCGCUUACUCACGAAAUGUCUCGCGUGUAAUGACUAACACCCCUGCUAAAUAUGGAUAUGGUUGCGCCAUUGUCGCCCACUCUCCAACUGUGAACGAGAAUCAAAGAGCUAUUGUGUCGCAAUUGAUUAGCCAAGUAGGUAAAUACAUCGAAUUGCCAGAAAAGAACAUGGAUGCCGCCACUGCUUUAGUGGGCUCUGGCCCAGCCUUCGUCCUAUUAAUGCUAGAGUCAUUGAUGGAAAGUGGUAUCCAAAUGGGUAUUCCAUUGAAGGAAAGUAAAGAGUGCGCUUUGAAAGUGAUGGAAGGUACUGUCAAGAUGGUGGAGAUGAGUGGCGAACACCCUGGCGUAUUGAAACACCAAGUCUGCACCCCAGGUGGUACCACUAUUGCAGGUUUAUGUGUAAUGGAAGACAAGGGUGUCAAGAGUGGUAUCAUCAGAGGUGUUGAAGAAGCCGCUAACGUUGCUGCCAAACUUGGCAAGAAGAAAUAA